GUGCCGGGACGUCGCAUCAGCACCAGUCGGUGACGGAUUACGCGAAGCCAAACCAGGGCACCUCGCACUACCAGAGCACGCUGACGACGGUUUCGACCACCGAACAUUUGCCACCGUCGUCCGAUCAGCUCGAUUCUAUGCUCGGCAAUCUGACCGCCGAUAUGAGCCGCCAGGGUGUGAACACAACGCAGAAGGGAUGCUGCAACGCCUGUGACAAACCGAUCGUCGGGCAGGUGAUAACGGCACUCGGUAAAACAUGGCAUCCGGAGCACUUUACCUGCAGCCACUGCAACCAGGAGCUCGGCACGCGGAACUUCUUCGAGCGCGACGGCAACCCGUACUGUGAGCCGGACUAUCACAACCUCUUCAGCCCACGGUGCGCGUACUGCAACGGACCGAUCCUGGAUAAAUGUGUCACAGCGCUGGAGAAAACGUGGCACACGGAACACUUCUUCUGUGCCCAGUGCGGUCAACAGUUCGGCGAGGAUGGAUUCCACGAGCGCGACGGCAAACCGUACUGCCGCAACGACUACUUCGACAUGUUCGCCCCGAAGUGUAACGGUUGCAACCGGGCCAUCAUGGAGAACUACAUCUCCGCGCUGAACAGCCAAUGGCAUCCAGAUUGUUUCGUUUGUCGGGACUGCUCGAAACCGGUCACCGGCAAGUCGUUCUACGCGAUGGAAGGCAAACCCGUCUGUCCCGGGUGUGUUGGCGCUGAUGAGGACGAGUAA